AUGCUGCUGCCGCUUCUUCGAAUCCCCUCAGAGACGAACUGGCUGCAGAUCCCCCCGUGGGCUCAGCCAAAGAAAUCAGCAGGAAGCUCCUGCUGGACCCUCUUGACCUCCACUGGACCAAUCUUCCUCUUCAGGUUCCCGGCCAAUGCACCAAAUUUGUCAGCAGCUCUAGUGUUGGCAGCCCUAGUGUUGCUAACAGGUUGCUGUUCAAAAAUUCCAAGCAGUCAGCAGUUGGUAACAAAAGGGGAAGAACAAAAUAAAAAAGCAAUUCGAGAAAAUGAAGGAAGAGAGGAAAAGUCCAGCCUUCAGAAGCACACAGAGAAGGAAGAUUCAGCAUCAACAAGCUUAGCAACACAAGCACCCUGCAGUUUAGUUGGGGAACAAAAUGAACCUUCGUGGGAAUCACCAGUGAACCAGCCUUCAACCUCUUUUGGAAGCUUCUUUUCCCGGUCCUCUUUAUUCACCUUGGUUUUUGGAAGACUCAGAAAAAGAUCAAAUGUGGCACCAAAUGAGGGAGAAAAUAAUGGGAAGGUAACAAAAGGGGAAGAACAAAAUAAAAAAGCAAUUCGAGAAAAUGAAAGAAGAGAGGAAAAGUCCAGCCUUCAGAAGCACACAGAGGAGGAAGAUUCAGCGUCAACAAGCUUAGCAACACAAGCACCCUGCAGUUUAGAUGAGGAGACAAAAGCACCUUUGGGAGGAUCCCCAGUGAAUCGAUCUUCGACCUCUUUUGGAAGCUUCUUUUCCCGGUCCACUUUCUUCACCUUGACUUUCCGAAGACUCAGAAAAAGAAGAAAUAUGGCACCUGAUGAGGCAGACAAUAAUGGCAAGGUAACAAAAGAAGAAAACAGUCAAGAAGAAAUGAGAGAAAACGAAGGAAAUGAGGAAAAGUCAUUACUGGAGAUGAUCAGAAAAGAGCCAGCACUGAAUGUCUUAUUCUUAUCACAAACAUCCUCCACUUCAGAUGGCGAUGAAAGUGGACUUUUACCACGAUCAGAACUGAGGAAACGCUUAGCCUCUUACAGCUCUUCCGGAAGAAUCAGGAAAAGAUCAAUUUUGGCACCUCAUGAAACAGAAAGUAUUGAGGAGGUUCUUUACCAUUCACAUAGAAGUUCAAGAGCUGACAUACCCAACCUUCUGAGGAGCUGUACUUUAGCCAGAGUACAGCAUCCCCUCUUAGUGGGGCCCCUGCCCACACUAGGCAACAAUGCUUAA